GGAGGAGGAGGAGGAGGAGGGACGGUGGGGGUUGCAGAGUUGGUGUUCCCAUGCAGGAGAACACUCGUACCUACGGACCGGCUCCGGGGCGAACAGGCUGAUGCGUUUUUACUUUCUCCUCUGUGAGACCUGAAAGCAGCGUCCGGAAUCUGUCCGCAGCCUGCCGCCGCUCCAUUCCGCGCCAUUCUGCGCCGUUCCGUGCCGCUCUGCUCCUCUGCUCCGGUGGCCCAAGAAACUCGAUAAGUGAAUGGUGCGAAACUGGAAUGCAACAGGAUUACCGGCUGACGUUAUCCACCAAGGAGGCGAAGCAGUCUGUAGACUGUAAGAUUACACGCUUUCUGAUCUCUGCUGCUCUGUAAUAAUGCCUUUGAGGUUACCAUGUCUACGCUGAAGCACGUUAUUCUCCAGGACAAAGACCAGGACAACCACAAGAAGCUGGACUGGAGUUUCUUAGAAUGGGUGGAAAACGAGGCGGACGCGGCGGGUGUGGCUGACGCCCAGACCCAAACGGACCCGCGCCCGUCCGAGCACAAGGAGAGUCAAACCAGCAACCCGGUCAUAAUGCACAUAGACCUGAAACGGACGCACUCCAAGCUGAGGGACUUGGCUCUCGGGGACGCCGACAGCUUCGCGGCGCCGCUCUUCCAGUUUGACCGCCAGGCGCCCGGCCGCAUCUCCACCUCCCCCACGCUGAGGAGGAUGAGGAGCACCCGCCGGCCCGUGCUGGACGCCGCCGGCAGGAUGGAGGGCACCCAGGAGGAGCCGGCGUCGGAAGGCGACUACCCUGCCGCCGGCCUGCCGUCCCCCUUCCACAGAGUCAGGUCUCCCCUCGCCGCGAGCCCCCACUCGGACGAGGAGACCUCGCACAGCCACCGGCCGCCUUCCUCGUCCGGCCGGCAGAGCACCAGGUCGCAGAGGUCAAAGACUCUAGUCAACGGCAUCGGUUCGGAGGGGCAGGCGUGUCCCGGUGGCGAUAGGAAAGAUUCGGGGUCUUCCCUUGGCGAAUUGCAGGAAAAGGAGCCUUGCCAUAGUAGGCUUCAGGAGAGGAGGCGGAGCUCCGUGGUGGUCAGCUUACCUGGACUGGAUGUUUCACCCGGAGACCUUUUUGUCUCAAACGGAGCAGCGGACAUCAUCAAUAGCUCCAACUUCUCUGACACAAAGAAGUCAAAGUGGCCUUUCUCAAAGCGCAGCACGAGCAAAAGAAAGCCGCAGAUGGGCACUGUGUCCGAUAUUGAAAAAUACCUCUCAACGGCACAGAUUCAAGACUGGAGGACUGCCGAGUUUCAGAAAUAUAAGGACCUGUCCGUGGCCGAGUUCAUGCGGGACCAGUGCUCCCAGGAUUGGGUCGCCUCCGACCCUCAGAGCUGCAAGAGGCAAGAGACCAUCUGGGAGCUGUUCACCAGCGAGUGCGUUUACUUCCUGGAUCAGCUCAUGGUUCUCAAAGAGGUGUUUUCAGCUACGCUGACAAACCUGCAGCUGAGGAACUGCAUCACUGACGUUGACAGGUGGAGGCUGUUUGCAAACCUCAAUGAACUCUGCCUGGUGAGCUUCGGUUUCCUGAACAACCUCCUGCGUGUCAUCAAGGACACAUUGGAGAUUACUGAGGGUGGCGGGUCCACCCUGCUGGAACUGCUGGGCAAGGCUUUCCAAGAGAGCAUAUGCCACAGCCUGCAGAAGUACUGCCUCAACUACUCCACAGCGUUGCUUUAUCUGGACACCCUGAAGCCCCGGGAGGACUUUCAAUCAUAUGUAAAGUGGUGUGAAAGGAAUGAACAGUGCCGGAGGCUGCAACUACGAGACCUGUUGGUGGCGCCGCUGCAGAGGUUGACCAGGUACCCUCUGUUGCUGCGGAAUAUCGCAAAGAGGUGCCAGAAGGAAGAGGAAUCCAAAGGCCUGCAAGCUAUCGUGGAGCAAGUGGACACGUCUAUUUGUGAUUUAGAGGGAAAAGUCAAAUGGCUGGAUAACUACCAGAAGGUGAAGCAGUUGAGAGAUGCCUUGGUGUGGCUGCCUGUAUGGGAGAGAGACAAGCGAGCCUUCAUCCCCGAGACUCUCAAACACCUCCUGAAGGCCGUCACUCUGGAGAACCUCAUCUCUCAGAGAAGUCUCCUGCACGAAGGGAAACUAGUGCUCUCAGAAAACACAAAGCUGAUAGAUGUUUAUCUGUUCCUGUUUGACGAAUUCCUGCUGAUUACAAAGUUAAAGCGAAACAAGAAGAGGUCCAUCGGUUCGGAUCAGAACCCUCUGAGGCUGCAGCCGAACCUUGAGCUGGAUCAGCUGUUGAAGGAGGGAUGCAUCUUUACAGUUCUCGACCAACCCAUCUCCCUGGAUCGACUCCAGCUCAAGAACAUUGAUCAGCUAAAUGCCUCCACAUCAGGGCUCCCUCAUUCUUUCAUAAUGAUGCACCACAACCGCUACCAACAGUGUAUCGGAGCGUUCAUCCUGCAAGCUUCUUCAGAGUCUGCCAAGAGAGAGUGGAUGUCAAAGGUAGAGGGCGCAGUGACGGCGCUGCUGAAGCUGGACUCUCAGCAGCCGCGGGUCAAGAGCACCUCACUGUGGCUGGAGUCCUCCCAGAUCUGACGAGAGCUCCACGAGCCAUCAGAAACCUUUCUACUGUCAAUGUGCACUUCCCUGUCCCCGGAAAUCUUCUAAAGAUGCUUCCAAGAAUAAGAUUUUUUUUCUAAACUAAACGUGUGCCUUUAAAGGCAGUUGCUGCAGUAGUGUACAAUAAAGCUCUGGUAAUAUU